GUAAGGCAGCAGGUGAUGUGUACAGGUGGCUCAACAGACGACGGCAUCACAUCACAUCCAACUUCCUCCCGACUCGCUUUGCUCUCAGACUCCUCCUGGUUGUCCUCCCUCUGCUGCUCCUCCUCCUCAGCCUGUGUUGGUUUGGUCCAGCUGGUCUACAGUCCGUCCUUCCAGCUGUCAACAUCACAGAGUGGAGGACGGUGGUCUCCGACGUCCCCGGUCUGUCCUCCAUCUACGGCUCCACGUCCCCCCAGAGCCGCUCAAUAGAGGGCGCCGCGGAGGAGUCGAGGGAGGUGCAGGCCUUCGAGGAGCCGCUUUACAGUCGACCUCCGCCGGCUGAAACGCAGACAGGAGAGGAGGUUCUGACCCCUGACUUUACGCUGCCGUCAGCCGCGGUGGAGGAGUCGUCGCGGCUCGUUCGUCUGGAGCAGAGUCUGGCGGCGCUGUGGGAGCAGGUGGAGGCCGGCGGGCGGCGGGAGGAGCAGAGACACAGGGAGGUGCUCCGGCUGUACACUGACCUCAUCCAGCAGCAGCAGCUGGUCUCUGUUCACAGCGGCGCUGAGGAACCCUGGCUGAGCGGCCUGCUGGACCAGCAGCUGAACCAGCAGCUGAACCAGCUCAGGACACGACUGGACGAGGAGAGGCAGCAGAGGGAACAGACUCGGCAGCAGGAUUUGUCGCAGCAGCAGAGUCAAACGUCCCGUCUGGAUCACCUGGAGCUGCAGCUGCAGGCACUGGCUGCCAGAACCCAGGCGGUGCAGUGGAGACAAGAAGCUGCUGCAACAGCCUCACCUUCAUCCACAGUUCCAGCUGCUGUCAGUGUUGGUGUUGACCGUCAGUCCCAUGAUGCCUUGCUCGCGGAGGUUGCGCGGUUGGAGGCGGCUCUGGAGGACGUCAGGCAGGAUGUUGAGGGUCUGUCUGGGUGUUGGGACGGCUGCAGACGACUCGACAAAAUCCAGCAGACGAUUUCAGAGCAGGUCUCCGCUCAGGUCCGCGAGGAGGUUCGGACUCUGGUCUACGGCAACCAGCUGACGGUGAGGGGCGGGGCCUCGGGAGACGGUGGCGGCCUCCCGGACUCGCUCCUGCAGUGGCUGUCGCAGCAGUACGUCAGCGGGGCCGACGUGCAGGCGUCACUGGCCGCCCUGGAGCUCAGCAUCCUGCAGAACAUCAGCCUGCAGCUGGAGCAGCGCCGCAGCGAGGAGGCGGUCAGAGAGGCCGUCCUGCACGCCACCGGGGCUGCUGGGGCCACCGUGACCCAGGAGGAGGAGAGUGACCGAGCCUUCCAGAUCAUCGAGGUACAGGUGUUGUCCAACUGGGGCCACCCGGAGUAUACCUGCAUGUACCGCUUCAGGGUGCACGGGACGCCCGCAAACGUGUGAGGACGCUGCAUAGAUGAUGUCGGAUUAUUCAACACACAAACAGUGCGGAGGCGGCAGAGACACAGAACAUUGAUGUAGACGUCACCUUCCAGCUAACUGCUGCUAACUGUGCCUGAUAGUCUCAGUGACUGUAAACUCACUGCUUCCCUUCCUGACCAAAUGUGACAAUGUCUGAGUGUCGCCAUUUCCUGUAGAAAUAGGCGUAUAUAUGUAUAAUUUUUGUCAGUAGUUAAUAUUUUUUAUACCAAUGUUGUUUUGUGUUUGCUGUUUUAAAGAUCCUUCGUGUUUUAGCCCAUUUUUCUGUGUCGUAAUAAAAAAGCUGCAAGCAGAAAAUCUUGAAAGUGGAACUACUUUUGGUCGCUGUAAUUGGUCUUCCUGCGUAAACUGGUGGUGAAAAUAUGAUGUGAUUUAAAGCAGCAGACAGAUGAAGUGGAAAUCAACCAAAGUUUUGGUCUGCUUUUGGCAGCUUUCAGAACGAUGCUAAUGCUACAGCUGUAGCUGUCUGGUUGUCAAGAGGAGAAGGAAUUUACUGGUCAAAUGAAAUGAGAGGUUUUUUUGCACUCUGUAAAAAUUCCUUUUUUUUUUUUAUCGAGCACUGUUGGGAAAUUAUUUUGUUUUUUUACAAUAAAUAUUUGUGGUUUUGUAUGUGAUUUCAAGCUGAAAGUAAUAAAGAUGUGAAUUUUUUAAUAAAAGUGUAAAA